GCUUAGCAACCAACCACCGAAAAAUAAUAAUGCAUAGCAAUUAGGAGAAGAUAAAGGAUAUUGUGUUCGCGGAGACUAACGGGAUUAUGACAUAAUAUAGCAACCGUGGGCAUUUUCAUAUCAUAACAGAAUAUAGAUUGAAAAUGUCUCUACAAAAAUAUGCUUUGUUGUGAGGGGUUGGAUUGUGAAAGCUCUCAACAAUCUUUAUUUUUAUUUCAAUACAGAAGUUUUAGUCCCGGAUUUUAAUCAUGCUAGAUCUAUAUAAAAUUGAAGUGUAUUAGUCACGAACGUAUUGUUAUAUACAACGUGUCUAUAACGAAUCACGUAUUUACAUACUUUAUUAGUUUUUACAUAUUGUAAUGUAUAUAUAAUAGAUAUCAACAAUAGUAUUAUAUAUAAAUCUAACAGUACUGUAAUCAUGGUUAAAGGCAGGUUAUGUGUACCUUCGCAAGGAAGAGAUGGAAUUUGGUUUCAGCAUCGUGGAACAGAAAAAAUGGAUUUUACUAGAGAUGAAGUAACCAGUACAGGUAGAAUGAUGUCAGCACCAUUUGAUAGUAGAAGACGAGUUAGCCCUGCAUCCCCACCGCCCGCUUUCACAAAUAAAAGUGAGAUAAAUUAUAAUUCCUCCAACAAAUUUUCAGAACAUGAUAAUAGGCACACCUUUCAAGAAGAUGGCGUGUAUUUUGGCAAUGGUAAAGAAACAAGAAAUUUAGGAAAGCAAAUAAAAGCCAUCGAUCUAAGGCAACAUUAUACUAACAAUCGCCAUCUUACUCACAUAUCUUUCACACCACAGCCACCAUAUCACAUAGAUUCAGAAUAUAGAUCAAAUUAUAAAGGAGAGAAAACCGAAUUCCCGCCUGUUCAUCGACGAUUCCCCAAAGUGUAUUCGGAACCGAAAGAAGGUCACAUUAAUCUGGAUACGACGACUUCGGAUUGGCACGAAUCGUCUCAACCCCCGCCAAAGACACCACUUCGUGUCUUAGCCAUAUCACAAGAACCAUUUUUAAAACACAACCCUUUUAAAUACUCAUAUCACGGCACGCAUAAAAUAUAUCCAUCUCUUAGAAGAAAGGACAACUUGAUGGCUACAAAUAUUUUAAAUAGGUAUGGGGCGAAUUAUCCCAAUUUCGGCUAAAUUCACGAUGGACGACUUGGGGAAUAAUUGAACUAUUUGUGCUGUCUUUAUUUAUCAAGGUAUAUCAUGUGUUUUAUUUUAAAUAAAAUGGUGGAUUUAUUUUUCAGUCAAUAUUGUUGGUUAAUGUUUUUAAAUGAGGCAUCAAAGACAAUCUGUGAUAAAAAAAAUGUUUUGAUGUUGUGUUGAGAGCUUUAAUAUUAUGUAAAAUAUGUUAAUUAAAAAAAAAAAUCAGUGUUCAUUUUAGUCUUUUAUG